UAGCCUAUGUGCAAAGUGCCUCAGCCGGCACGUGACCAGGAUUCAUCCCCGAAUUUGGUCAGCAGCGGGAGGAGCAGCCUACGGAAGAAAGGAGUCAGCUGCUGUCUCCCUGCGGCUGCCCGGCAGCGGAGCCUGGCGCGCGGUUCGGCCUCAGCAUGGUCUGCGAGAAGUGUGAGAAGAAACUUGGCACUGUGAUUACACCUGACACAUGGAAGGAUGGAGCAAGAAACACUACAGAAAGUGGCGGACGAAAACUAAAUGAAAAUAAGGCACUGACUUCAAAGAAGGCAAGAUUUGAUCCUUACGGGAAGAACAAAUUUUCAAUAUGCCGGAUUUGUAAGAGUUCUGUUCAUCAGCCAGGGUCUCACUACUGCCAGGGAUGUGCUUAUAAAAAAGGCAUCUGCUCAAUGUGUGGGAAAAAAGUCUUGGAUACCAAGAACUACAAACAAACAUCUGUCUAAUUAUGUUAAGUGAGGAUUUUAUGCACUUGUUUCUGAAAAUCUUUGUACAGUUUAACUUCUAAUCUAAAAUAGCUUGUGAAUAUUAUUAGAGAGUAAUAUGUGUCUGAAGAAAAAAACUGAAAGACACAUUUGAACAGAAGUCCAAGAGAUCUGAGUUUUAUUAUUUUAGCACUGAACUUACUGAUGUUUAAAAAUAAUGGUUUUACACAUAUUGAUACAGUACUGAAUUGCAAUGAGAUGUCUACUUAGUGUUCAGAUCGAAACUACCACCAUCAUAUCUCAGAUUCUCAGACUUUGUAUUCCUGCUAGUCCGCUGUUUUGACUCGACCGCUUACAUAAUAAUGUAAACAUUUUGUAAAUGCUUAAAAUAUGAGAUCAUGUCAACUCAUUAAAGUUGUUGUUUCUGUUCA